AGAAAUAGUGGGCUGCAUAAAAUGCGCUUAGUUUUCUCAAACUGGGAUUGUGAAAGUUGGCAGAAACUUCUAAAGCUUAGCAUUUCCGAUCAGUUGCUACCAAACUGCCAUAAUGGGCGCUGUCACAAAAAUUCUUUUAGCUAGUAUAUGUGUUGCUUUCCUGGCUGCCAAAUGGACUUCACCCAGAUUUGAUGCUGAUUCUCUCAAAGGGGCUAGGGUACUGGUGACUGGGGCCAGUACAGGUAUUGGUGAACAAAUGGCGUAUCAUUACGCCCGCUUUGGAGCCAAAAUUGUUAUCACAGCAAGGAGGGAGAAAGUCUUACAGCAGGUAGUAGAAAAAUGUCUGAGUUUAGGAGCCCAGAAAGCUUUUUAUAUAGCAGCAGACAUGGCGAAUGAGGCUGACCCUGACAAAGUGGUGGAUUAUGCUCUGGAGAAGCUGGGAGGUUUGGAUUACCUGGUCCUCAAUCACAUUGGGCCUAGCCCCUUCAGCAUGUGGAAGGGAGAUGUGGAUCACACCAAAUGGCUGAUGAAGGUCAAUUUCUUCAGCUAUAUUCAGAUGGCCUGGAAAGCUUUGCCCUCCCUUGAGCAAAAUAAAGGAUCGCUGGUUGUUGUCUCAUCGCUCUUAGGUAAAAUAAAUUCUCCUUUUGUGGCGCCAUAUUCCUCAACCAAAUUUGCCUUGAACGGGUUCUUUGGGUCUCUUCAUCAUGAGCUGGCUAUGAAGAAGAGCAACGUGUCCAUCUCUGUCUGCACACUCGGUCUCAUUGAUACCGACUCAGCUAUGGAGAAAGUCCGGGGCGUCACUGAUGUACCAGCCUACCCCGCCACAGAUGCUGCAUUGAACAUCAUCAUUACGGGAUCUACAAGGCAGCCAGAGCUUUUCUACCCUUGGUUCACAUACUUUAUAGCUAUCACCAAAGACUGGUUUCCUUCUGUCACAGAUUAUAUGAUCCAGAACUCCUACAACUACAUCCCAUGAAGAGCAUUUAUUCAGCACAACUGAAGCACAAUUAUACAUGUUCCUAAUUAUAAAUAUCAACAUUUAAUUUGGAUUUUGGCCUAGCUCUUUGACAUUUUGCGGGAACAUUUCUGACAUUUCAGUUUCCACUUUUCUCAUCAUUUCUUUGAGAACAGUCCAGUAAUAAAAUGUAUACAGAUAGAAAAGCUCAGGACUUGGGAUUUUACUUUUUAGGCUACUAUUUUAACAUUUUAGACAUUAGUGUCUGUGUCAAUAGUACAGCCACUGCUGUCCAAACAUUAUUGCACUAGUACUUGAAAACUCAGAAGAAAAAAGUCUGAUUUACUACUGAUAAGACAACCUCACCCCUCCAUUCAGCCCUCCCACACACAGACACAAUACCUCACAUGAGAUUUGGUUAUGAAAUAAAUGAAUACGUUUCGUGUUGCUGCUGUUGCUGCUGAUAAUGAACACAAAAAAAUAAACCAGCUUCCUCCUGACAUGUUUGUUGGUGUUAAUUGUGGUUAAUGAAGGGAAGGAAAGGUAGAUCAUAAUAACAGACCACAUAAGUCAUCCAUAGUCUGACAGAAAUAUCUUUUUACCAUAAAAUGCAGUUUAGCAUAUUCCAGGUCAGUACAGCUUAGUGGAGAAGAGCAGUCAGGAAGCUACUUGGGUGACACAAUAGAGAAGCCCAAAGCAAACAAAGUCAAGAAUGUGAAAUAACGUGAGGUAUGAUAAUGCACAUAAAAGCAAAUGGAAAAAAAUGGUUUUUUUGCCAGUGAAAUAUUUGUUCUGCACCUUAAAGGUAUGAAGACCUAAUAACUUUAAAUUUAGAUUUUUUCUUGUAUGUGCUAACCCCAAUGCCACUAUUAGUGUUUAAUUAUGGAGCUACAAAAAUGUUAGCCUCCUAUUGCAAUUGUCUGCUUUGACUGACAGCCACAGGCACAACUAAACCUAGGUCAUUUAUACUACGCCAAAUCACAACAACAGUCAAUAAGGCACUUUAUAUUGUAAGGUAGACCCUACAAUAA